CCACCCUUAAAUGUGAGGUCGAAAGGUUACAAUAAUCGUUCGACUAACGAGAACUCAGUUGAAGCAUAAAUAGCCAGUCUGUUACAGUCGAUUUUUGCAGAGGUCCCGGUCCCAACACUGUUCAACACCUGCAAGCUGUGACAAUUGCCAGUUCAGCAUUCAAAACAGUUAUGGCGAUGUGUAAAGUGUGUAGAGUUUUGGGGACGCUCUUUGUAACGGUGCUGGGCUGCGUGCGGUGCUUACCCGUGGAUGGAGAGCCUCUUUGUACGGCAGGGGGACGAGCCAAGUACAGCCUCAUCUUUACGGGCAAGUGGAGCCGCACUGCCUUCCCCAAGCAGUACCCGCUCUACCGGCCCCCGGCGCAGUGGUCCCCUCUGAUGGUGGUUACCCACAGCAGCGACUACCACAUGUGGCGAGUGGGUGAAUAUGCCAGCAAUGGAGUACGGGAAUUUGCAGAGAAAAGUGAGGCAUGGUCUUUGAUGCGAGAGGUGGAAGCAUCAGGAGAGAAAAUCCAGAGUGUCUAUGGAGUUUUCUCGGCACCAGCUAUUCCCAACGGUAUAGAACAGACCUCAACUGAAUUUGAGGUGCUUCCCAGGCAUUCUCUUAUGUCCUUUAUAGUUCGUAUUGUACCAAGUCCAGAUUGGUUCGUAGGUGGUGACAGUAUUAAUCUAUGUGAAGGAGAUAAAUGGAAAGAACAAAUGUCUGUAGAUCUUUAUCCUUACGAUGCUGGGACAGACAGCGGUUUCACCUUUUCUUCUCCAAAUUUUGCUACUAUUCCCCAGGAGACUAUCACUGAGAUAACGUCAAGCUCACCAAACCACCCUGCAAACUCAUUCUUCUAUCCCAGACUGAAACAACUCCCUCCGAUAGCCAGAGUGCUACUGACAAAGCAGAAGGACAACCGAUUAAUUGGGAUUUUUCCAGCUCAGUCCAAUCUCAUUCCCAUGGGCAAUGAAAUAGAUGACACUGUGUCAGAGACCCCCUUGGACUGUGAGGUUUCCACCUGGUCUUCCUGGGGCCUGUGCAUGGGGAAAUGUACGGAGAUGGGGGUGAAGCGCCGCACUCGCUAUAUCCGGCUGAAUCCAGCCAACAACGGUAAUCCGUGUCCAGAGCUACAAGAGGAGGAGCCAUGUGUGCUGCACAACUGUGUCUAGCAGUGAUACUUGGUGACAAUAGACCGCAUUGACACCCUUUGUUGGAUUUGAAGGGCUGGAUCUCACCAAAGAUGGAUCCCCAUGCAAUACUAAUUAGUACAACUAAUUGUUAUUGAUUCAGGGUUUUAAAUGACAGCUAGGCUGACAGUCAUUCCAUGUAAAUGCUAAUGCUUUUUCUAUCAGUUUGAUGUCUACUAAAUUAAGACUUAAGUUUUCCUCCACCUCAUUUAUCAUCAAUAUCUUAGUGUACAGCAAUUACUGUAAGCAAUGAUUCAAAACCAUACUCAGCAGUGAACUAAUCUCUUGAGUAAACUCUUAGAUUAGACUGCAGCCUGGAAAUCACGCCUAGCAUCUUGCAUUAUUUAUACCGUGUACAUUUCAAUUUAACACAAGCUUUUGAGUUUUUCUGCUUUUGGUGUUGGUGUGAAUGGCAACAUGUGAAUGCCUUCCAGGUUCUUGAUCCGUGAUGGUAUUUGUGAGAGACGAUUAACAGCAGUUAGAAUGAACAUUUUAUAAUCUGAAUUUAAUUAUCUGGCAUGUUAUGUGCAGUAGCUAAUUAAUAGCUUUAAGAAAAUAAUGAUGGAAACUGAUUUGAAAA